AUGAAUAGGUUUCGUGCAAGUGAUUCGUCUUGGAAGGAGAAGGUCGCCACUUUAGCUGUAGCAGGUGCUAUGAAAGCUAAAGUAAAACUUGGAAUGGGCUUAAAAGAAACCUCUCAAAGGCACCAAAAACGUAAUAUAAACAAUUGUUUGAAGAAAUUACAUAAAUUAGCGAAAGAAUUACAGGGGUCUCAAAAACUGGUUCAAGACUCUGAUACAGAUCCUACAAACUGA